AGUUAAUUCUUGAGCAUUCGUAAUUUAACUCUUCUAGAAUGAAGAGGAUAAUUUUCAAUGAUGGCUACCGAACAAGAUGGAGAUAUUGAUAGUUUAGUGUCUAGAAUAUGUCCAGGUGUUGAUUUUUUUGAACGCAGGAAGUUUAAGGAUAAACUUGUGGAAUAUCUAACUCAUGUGUCAGUACCAGCUGGCUGGGAAACUAAUGGAUAUAGACUGUCCAAGAAACACCCCACAUACAAAUACCACAAAAGGCUGCUGGAAAAUUUCAUUGAUAAGCAGAAAUUAGAAGAUGAAAAGCAGAAAUUAGCAGGCUCAACAGUAACAAAAACAACACCAGAAGUGUUUUUUGAACAACUCAAACAGUUUGUCAAGGUAGAAGAACAGAAUGACAGUUUUUCUGAGUUUUGUGACUCAAGAAGGUCAGCCCUGAUAGACUUGUUUGAAGAAAAUUUAAAGCCUCAUGGUGUUGUGAUACGGAAAUGUACAUACAAUGCAGGCCAUUGUAAGCUGUCUGUGCUAAUAAAGGUACCUCGCAAGGCUCAAGAUGGCCAUUCAGAAUUGAUUGAGCAUGCCAUUGAUGUUAAAAACGAAUCUCUAAGAGGAUAUGAUCUUAAAGUUGGGGACAUUGUUGAAGUAACACAAUGCCGGAGAAAGGAAGGAGUUGCAAUGGAACCAGAACUGAUAAAGUGUUACCAUCGUGAUCAUGUUGAGAUUGAGUCAUUUUUAAACCUUUUGAUUGCAAGUGAAGGCUCAACUGCUGCAGUGACUGAACUUGUGAGAUGUACUGCAUUAUGGGAAUAUAUCCUGGAACUUCCCAAAGCACUGUAUACAACACCAAUGACUAUGCAAAUUUUAUCCAUUGUUGACAAGAUUUGCUCCAGUGCCCAGAGAAAUAUGUCACACACAGUCACUAAUCUUGUGAAAAAGUUUCAGGGGAGUGCUUUCUUCAAAUCAUUCUUUCCAGAUUUUGUCAAUGAGACGAUUGAAGAUGGGAGCUUGGUUCAGCGGAUUCUGGAACAUGUUGUCACUGCUAUUCCAGCUGCUGGCCCACAUGUUUUACCACUGGCUAAAGUGCUUAUGGAUAAGUUAGUAGACAACUCCAGUGACUUAGAGACAGCCAAAAAGAAUGGACGAGCAGCUAUAGUUUUCCUAACUAAGCUGUCAUCCAUCAUUGCCUUAGAGGUGCCUCAAGGCCGUGAAGAAGUUCAGGCUUUGCGAUGGAAAGAUCUUCCCUUGAUACCAGUUGGGAAAGAGAUUCAUGAACCUAGAUUGAAGACAGAUGACUUGCCAGUGAUAAGAGAGAAAGAACCAUACAAAUCAGAGGAGGAAUACUUAAAUACAUACUUCAGACUUCUCAGAGAGGAAUGCUUCUAUAAGUUACGCAAAGGAAUCCAUGAUUUUGUUACAAAUGGAUUCAAAUGCAGUUCAAAAGAUAUGACAAUGUACAGAGUUUUCCUGAGAGGAGCUUCCCUUGAUCAUGAAAAUUCUCCAACUAUGAUGUUACUUUCACUGAAGUACCAGAAAUCAGAGUCAUUUGAAAAAAGUGAUGAACAGCUUGACCAAGAUUUCCUCAUGUAUGGAGAUCUCCUGUGUAUUUCCUUGGAUAGCUCUUUUCAAAAACCGAUCUGGGGUUUGGUGGAAGGUCAUAUUUCUAACCAGAGCAUUGUAAAGAUUACUCUUUGUGACAAAGCAAAUGACCUUUCAGAAGCAGAGUUUAUUACACAGAUGCAGGAGGUUACAAACAAAAAUGAUGGAGCAUACAUGGCACAGAGCCAAACAUUCUAUCAGGCAUAUGCUUCAGCCAUGGAAGUACUGCAACGGAAAGAGCAUGUUCCAUUUAAAGAAUUCUUGGUUGACACAAAACCAAACUUUGAGCCAGCUGAAUACUUAGCUGACAUAAAAAGUCGCCCAGAUUGGGAGAUAAUCUUUCAUAAGGAGUCUCUGAGAGGUCAGGAAAAGCAGCCUUCUUCCUCGCCUCUGGAAGAUCUCGAGAGAAUGCGGAUGAACAGCAACUUCAAUUCCAAACUAGAUCCAACACAGCUUGCAGCAGUGGAACUGGCACUAAAAAACAAGCUCGUGCUGAUUCAGGGUCCUCCAGGAACUGGAAAGUCGUUCGUGGGUGAGGCCAUAGUGCGCCUUCUUUUGUCCAUGCAGGUGCCACAAAGCCAUGGACCUAUUCUGGUUGUGACCUAUAAGAAUCACGCCUUGAACAAUUUCUUGGAAGCUCUCGCCAAAAAUUCAUCCCCGGAUGAGAAGAUUGUUCGUGUUGGAAACUUGCCUGAAGAUGCUGACGAGAAAUUGAAGAGACUCUUGCUAAGAGAGGUUGGGCGAAAGUGGCCUCAGGGAUUGUAUGAACGGAAAAGAAGCCUGACUGGAAAACUUUGGGCUCUGCAGCCUCGAGUUAGAAGUGCCUGCAAGAAGUUAACAUUUUCCAGUAAUUUCAAUGCAGGGAUGUUCUUGGAAGAAGCGUCGGAAGACCAGAUUAGGUCCCUUCUUCGGGACAACAAACGUGAGCCAGUUGAUGAAAAAGAAGUGGAAUUUUUUCUGAAGAAGGUGACCAAAGGAGCUUAUCGAGGUGGCCUUAGGAGCAAUGCUCGACUUUUAGAACUUGUGAAAAAUGCACUUCAGGAGUGGUUGCCUGCCCAAGAAGAGUUCGAUAAGUUUGUUAGUGAAGAACAGGAGCCUAAACCAAAGAGCAAUGUAGCAGCUGCUCUUGCAAAGCAAAAAAGGAAAGAAGAUCCAGAGCAGGAGAAUCCAAGCGACGCUAGAGAUCCUUCAGUGGAGGAAAAGGAGCGUCUUCUUGCUUUGGAUAAAGACAUCUGCGAUGAAGAAGACAAAACAAUCGCCCAAGAUGUUGCCAAUGAAGACCAGGAAAGGAGAGAUUCACAUUAUGGAACAAAGGAGCGCAAGCUAGUUUGUGUCGAUGAAACAAAGGUGAUACCUUAUAGAAAUCUCUUGGAUGACGUCAAAGUGUGGGAUCUUAAGAAAGAGGAAAGAGUCCAGCUUGUGUAUGUUUUGCAAAGCAAGUUCUACAAGAAAGCCUGUUUUGAGUUCCAUGAAGCGAGCAGGUUGUACACAGAGAUACAUCAUCAACUCAAAGAGCUGAAAAAUCAACAUGACAUUGAAGUGAUGAAAAAAUGUCACGUUAUUGGAAUGACAGUGACUGGAGCGACUAUGAGGGCAAAUCUGUUGGCUGACAUUAAACCGUCUGUCAUGAUAGUGGAGGAAGCUGCCGAAAUCCUCGAAGCACAGCUUGUAGCUGUCAUUCCGCCCUCUGUACAACACCUCAUUAUGAUCGGUGAUCAUGAACAAUUAGGGCCAGUGGUGCAUUUCAACCGACUCAAAAAACAUCAUCUUGAUCUCUCCCUUUUCGAGAGGCUUAUCAACUGCAAGCUGCCAUACAUACAGCUUGGAUUUCAAUGCAGAAUGAGAGAUGAGAUUGUCGAUCUGCUCCGGGAGCUCAAGAUUUAUGAAAAUCUACAGACACAAGAUAAGCUUGUAAAAAGCUACCUUCCGCCACCCUGUGUCUCAUCUAGCAUGUAUUUCUGGACUCAUACAUCCCACGAAGAUGAAUCGAAAAAUUCCCACAGCAAGACAAAUGUUACAGAGGCUAAAAAAAUUACAGAAGUUGCAAAAACAUUUUGUGAGAAGGGGGGAGUCCCACCAUCAAAGAUUACAGUUCUUUGUUCAUAUCGAGGACAGGUUGCCGAAAUAGUGAAGCGUUUCAAAGAGGCAGAUGAUUUUGCCCUACUUUCAGAUAUCAAGGUUACAACAAUCGAUAGUUUCCAGGGGCAAGAGAAUGAUAUAAUUCUCAUAUCUCUGGUCCGAAGUAAUAAGGAAGGGAACAUAGGCUACUUAUCAUCAAUGAAUCGCUUAUGUGUCGCAAUUUCACGAGCACGCUGUGGUCUCUACUUAUUUGGGAAUCAAACACACCUGGCAAACGCUUCUAGUAAAGGUUGGAAGGUUAUUCGUAAUUUUAUGCUGAAGAAGAAACUUCUUGGUAGAGUAUUCCCGUUUCGCCCAAGUGAAGAUUUCAGAGGGGAUGAGUAUCACGGAAGCCCUCCAAAGAGAGAUGAAAACAGAGGCGGCAACACAAUUAUUUACGCUCAAAACGUUAUUGUUGGAGGAGACGGCUCCGUAAAUACAAUGAAUGUUGGUGGAGGGAAUUCCCCUUCGGGGACAACAAACCCACGGCGUUUAGAAAUGCCACUUCCAACCUCCGGAAAAACCCCAGUUCAUGAUCCAAAGUCGCCCUUACCUUCACCGGGGUUUCCACCACCGCGUAUGGAAAGAAGUGACAUGGGUGCCAAUUCAAAUGGUGUGCCGCUACAAGGAAAUGAAAAGGAUGGGUUGGUAGUCGUUGAUUCCAGGCCAAAUGAGAUAACAGGGGUGGAGUCUGAUAAAGACGCAAGACUGCCCGUCCAAGAGGCACCUGCUGCGGAGGAUGCUCUCCUAAGUGAGAUGGAAAAUAUGAAAGAAAGACCACAACAAGAAUCACGUUUUCCUAAAAAAAGCACAGGCCAUCCUCCUGUUGCUAGCGAUGAAUCCUUGUCGUCUGAUAAGGAUGCUAGGAGACCUAUGCAAGAAACGCCAGAGGCGCAAAAAUCUCCUGAAUCGGUCGAGUUUGAAAACAUGAAGGAAAGGCCGGUACAAGAAUCAAAGAACGUCACCUCUGAUUCGUCAGGUAAAGAGGCGAGAAGACCUACACAAGAGUCACUGGAGAAAUUAUCUCCUGGUUUAAGUAAAGAGGAAAGCAUGGAAGAAAAGCCGAUCCAAGAGUUAGCAGACGAGAAACGUUCGGAGGAAACAGCUGUGCAGGAAAGCGAAGAAACUCCAAAGAAGGAGGACGAGUCAAGGGAUCACCCUGUCAGGCAUGUUUACCAAGAAGGUGACUUGAAAGAACUCAUGAAGGAAAACCAAUCUGGUGAGGAAACAGAAGACCAGAGCCCUGAACAUCAAGUGAAAGAAGGCGAAGAUGUUAGACCUCUCAAAGAUGACGAGUGCACUGACGAAAAACCGCUCAAAGCAAGCACCAGACGUGAGACAGAAAGCAAAGGUAGCCCAGAGGAAGCCUUACCGACUCAAGAGACUAUGGCCGCGGGGAAAGGGCCUUUUGAAGAGAAUGGGCCAGAGGUUGGCGUAAAAGAGCAUCCCACGGACUAAAGAGAGAACUAGUUACGGAGCUACCUUGGAUAAUGAUUGAAAGGAACGGUUUUAGGAACAAAAGCUAGCCUACAGUGCAUCCAUAGAAGAUAUCAAGUUGCAUUCAACUUCAAUUUGGCCCUAGCAUUCUUAGUAUAUAAUACGAGUUAAACUUUUAAUUUUUGGUAUUGUAUGAAUGAAGCAAUUUCUACGGAGUUUUUCUCCUAGUGAGUUCUAAUUGGAAUCUCAAUUGCAGUUUGCUCUUGUAAACUACUGUUUUUCACUGAUUGGGACAUAGUGAACGAGCCAUAAUAGAUAUUGCUUCUCUGUAAACCACGUUAGAGGACUACAUCUUGUCAUUUUAUAGAUUGUGCUGUUUCUUAUGCAGACACCAAAACUUCCAUUACGUUUUCUGAAAUAAGAACGGUAAGGUUAUUUAGAACGGGUACAUUCGUAUUUUUCUUAAAAAGGUGAUAGUUCGAUGGUCCUAUGAAGGCUCACGUAAUUAAUCCUUUACACUGAGUGAUAUUCGUGAAAUUGUCGAAGAAUUGUCCGAUAUCAUUUUUAGUGUAAAUAAAUCGAAUACACGUCGUUUACACAUAGUUAGAGUGAAGCUUAUUGUCUGCAUAUUUUUAUUUUAUAGCAUAACAGUCAUUUAACUUUAAGUUAAAUAUUUUUUAGUGCUAUGAAUACAGCCAACAAUUUUAAUUAAGUUAUAUUAAAAUAUGUACCGACCGCGUAUUA